AUGCAACAAAGCAUUAUUGAGCAGAGCUCUCUUGAGCGCAUUGCCAAGUCUCUCGGUAAGCAAGUAAUCAAUACUGGUGGUGAGUUCAAAGGAAAAAACGAAGCACAAAAAUACAAUCUGUUGCUUCAGAUUCUUCACGAGCAGGACUGGAAGGCGUGCUGCAAAGAAGUUCCACAAAGGCAGCCUUUGCCCCCAUUAGUCCCUCUUUCAGACCAUGAUUUGACAGUAAAAAGACUGCAUCUCAAAACAUUAGGCCAUACAGUAAAGCAUGAUAUCAUUGACAAAGACUAUUCUGCGGCCUCAAAAGAAUGGAAGAAUAUCCCAGAGAAAAACAGGGAAUACUACAUGAUGCAUUUGGAGAGAAGCCUUCUUUGGGAAAGCUUCAAGAGCAACAACCAGACGCACAAGAGAAGAAUGGCAGAGAAGAACAAAACACAGCAAGACAUAAGUGAUUCUUUGCUUUCUUCUUCUGAUAUGUCAAAAACUGGUGAUGUUGAGUCGUCUAUAAUGGCAGAUGUGCUUGUCAAGCCUGCUCGCAAGAGAAGUCAAAGAUCGUAG